UCAGUGUAUCUCCCUCCCUCUGAGUCUGCAGGCAGCUCUGUUAGUUAAUAAUAUUCCUGUUGUUCCAUUCAUUAUCUGCAGUGGCUUUUUGAUUCAUAAAACCCAGCUCUCAUCCCUCCGCGUUCUGCUCCAGUGAGCCCGGUGCAAACAUAUCAAUAACACCUCAGAGGGGGAGAUAUCACCGCUCACAUCCAGAGUGACAUCACCCUCAGCCGAACCACAUUUCAUAUCCACGACCUGCAAAAAGACUCAUAAAAGUCCACCGGGGAGCAGAAAGUGCUUACAGUAGCUGUUUUAAUUCAGACAUAUUUACAGUACACUCUGCUGCUCAAUGAACGAAGCCGUAUUGAUCGGUGACUCCGUUCAUUCACUUUUUUAACUCGCCUCCGAUUCAUCAAAUUGGCGUGACCUAUCGCUGCAGGAGCGGGCGAUCCGAGGAUCCCCGCCCCGAUGAUAUAAAUUCAAGAGGAGGGAUCACAGACCUGAAUCUUCUCCUCUCAUCCUCUCUGCAGGACACCAGGAUCAGAGCAUCUCUGACACCAUGAAGGGUUUAAGGACGAUCACACUUGCUUAUGUACUCACCCUUUUACUGCUGGCAUCGUUCAUCUCACAGUCGUGGAGCGCGCCAAAGGGUUCUUUCCAGCGGAGAAACUGGACCCCGCAGGCGAUGCUGUAUCUGAAGGGCACUCAGGGACGCAGGUUCAUCUCAGAGGACCGAAAAGAAGGAGACGUCUAUGACACAUUACACCUAGAGACCCGCAGUCAGAACACGGAGAAGCUGAGUGUGGACCAAGCUGCCACUGUCCUGCUCAACUUCCUGCAGCAGACCAAAGAGGGAGCUGAUGAAAACCCAGAUGACAUGUAUUUCCAGGAGCUGCCGGUGUGGAAGAGAGAGUAUUUCUGAUCGUCUUUCAUGUGUCGGUGAAGCUGUCGGAGGCUUAGUGUGAGGAUCAGAUGGCUGUUUUUGUAAAUAUUGAUCUCUUAUAAGUUUAAAAUGUGAUGUUUUAAUAAAAAGAGUUUGAAUUCA